AUGGCUCCCUCCCCGGCCGCCCUUGACAGGCGCACCUUUACAGAGCUCGCGCCGCCCUCCAACCCGCCUCACCACAGCGCCGACCAUCCUGCGCAUGCCGCCUCCACCUCGCCCGCUGCGCAGCGCCUCUCCGCCAACACUCCGGCCUCGUCAAACACACCCAACCCCAUUGCUCCUCGGCCAGCUCGUCUUUCUGGCAGUCGUAGCCCGACCAGAACCGCCCAAGCACCAAAGUCAUCUCCACCCAGCGCCUCCCGAAGCGCGUUGCCCGGUCCCAGAAUUGUGGUCAAAAAGGAACCGAGAUCGCCAGUUCUGCCGUCCACACGCCAUCGUCCGCGGAAGCUUGACUUGUCCAAGGGUAAUGUCGGCUCCGGUGCGGCCACUGCCCGCCCCGCCCUGGGCGCUCGCGACUCGCUCGGUAUUCAGGAAGUCGGCUUGGCUUGCUUAUCGCCCGGUUUCAUGACCCAGGAUCCUGUCAUGCAGGAACAUCUUCAGCAAAGUCUGAAUGUGCGUGAACAGCAGCGUCGGAUCAUCGAGGCUAGACUUCAGCAGCAGUCGGGCAAAGGCGACUCGCUCGACAGUGCCAAGGACUCCGAUCCGAAUCAGUUUGCCGCCAAAACCCCAGGCAUGUCCCGUCGCAACAAGGCCCCAGCAGGCCUUAGCAUCGUCGCGCCAUCGCAUGAGCAAUUUGCCAAUGAGCGUGUCAUCCAAUCCGCCCCUCUGGGCCAGACCUUCACCGGACGCAACAACCCGCAUCCGCUCAGCAGACAUCUACUUCAGCAGCCAGCCCACCUGUCCAAUGCUUCACACAUUCAACACAACCCAGCCCACCAGACUGCCAACCGCUUGCCCCCCAUUUCCGAUGUCUUUGGAUCAGGGCUUCCUGUACCUCAGGAUUCCAACGGCUCGCGCCAACUACACCCGGGAGCCAGCCAUGCGCCGAUGGCCUCGCCUGGUCUGCCCCCUGCGCAUCACUCACAAGGCCCACAAUCGGCGCGGCCAAGGGAGUACAAGUCAGCUGAGGAGGCACAACACGAGAUUUCUGGUGGACGCCCAGAGCUCCUGCCCAAGCUUGUACACUACACCGGCCACCAACCACCAACCCCACCGUCACCACGGUCCAGCGCCGCCCAUGAUGCUGGCCAUGGAAUGGGCAAACGCCGCACACGUGCCGAGUACGAAGACGGUGCCAGUCCGCCACUUGGGCAUGGCAGGUCUGCUACGAGACGGGGUCCUUUUGGCGCCGGCCGUGACAGCCCAGAAACUCAACGGCAGAAGCGAGAGGAGUUCCUCCAGCUCUGCGAACGAGCGUGGGAUCUCUUCCAUUCAUGA